AAUUCCUGUCUUCCGGUUGCCUACCGGCUGGUUAUAAAAUAGACCGUGCGUGGAAACCAAGUUGUAUAAUCUGAUUUGGCCAAAACAGAGGUAAUUAUAGUGAAAUUUUACAACUCAUUAUAAUAUUAUAAAAGCUAUACCUCUGAUAGACACAGAUUAAAAUCAAAUUAGGUUAGAGAUGGGGAAAGGUGGCAAGCAAGAACAGCAAAAGGCAGUUUAUACAUGGGACGAAAUAGCUAAACAUGACAAGAGGGAAGAUAGGUGGAUGGUUAUACAGGGGGAGGUCUAUAAUAUCACAAACUGGGCCAGAAAACAUCCAGGUGGCACUAAGGUCAUCAGUCAUUAUAGUGGACAAGAUGCCACAGAUGCGUUUACAGCUUUCCACAAUGAUGUAGCCAGCGUGAAGAAAUAUUUAAAGCCAUUACAUGUAGGUUCUGUUAAAGACACACAGAAUAGAACUAUAGAUGAAGAUUUUAGGAAGCUACGAUCAACAGCUGAACAAAUGGGUUUAUUUAAGCCAAGUUAUACAUAUUUUGGUUUAUAUCUAGGCCAUAUAAUGGUAUUAGAACUUUUAGCAGCUUUUACACUUAUAUAUUUUGGAGUAGGAUGGGCACCAUUCCUGAUUUCUUUAGCUUUUUAUGGAAUAUCACAGGCACAAGCAGCUUGGCUACAGCAUGACUUUGGACAUUUGUCCGUGUUCAGUAGCACCAGACUAAAUCAUGUCUUACAUUAUUUUACAAUGGGAUUUCUCAAGGGAGCUUCACCCGAUUGGUGGAACCACAUGCAUUACCAGCAUCAUGCCAAACCUAAUGUGUUGGAUAAAGAUCCUGAUGUAAGAGUAGAACAACUAUUUGUUGUAGGAGAUGUCAUGCCAGUGGAGGUUGCCAAAUCAGGGAAAUCAUCCUUUCCUUAUAAUCAGCAACACAAGUAUUUUCCAUUCUUUAUUCCCCCUUUGCUGUUUCCUCUGUAUUUCCAGUUUAUGUUGUUCAGACAUGUUUACACCAGAAAGCUUUGGAUAGACGUUAUUAUCAUGGGCUCCUACUUCUUUAGAUUCUGUUUCUUCUUGGUACCUUUGGUAGGAUGGGGAUGGACAUUUUUCUAUUAUGAAGCUUUCAGGAUAAUUGAAUCCACUUGGUUUGUGUGGGUUGCUCAGUCUAACCAUAUCCCUAUGAAUAUUGACCAUGACGACCAGAAACCAUGGCUGAAGUUACAGAUGGCAGCCACUUGUGAUGUGGAGAAAUCUUUCUUCAAUGACUGGUUUACUGGACAUCUAAACUUCCAGAUAGAGCACCAUUUGUUCCCAACCAUGCCAAGACACAAUCUGUACAAGAUCCAACCACUAGUUCAGUCCCUAUGUAAGAAGCAUGGUAUACCUCAUGAAGUUAAAUCUCUCUAUCAGUCUUUUGCUGAUAUUAUCAAGAGUCUGAAGCACUCCGGUGAGAUAUGGAGUGCUGCCUACCACCAAUACCACCUGUCUUAAUGAUCUAUUUAUAGACUGGGGAGGACUGAUCUAUUUAUAGACUGGGAAGGACUGUAAUGUCACUGUAGUCCCACCAUGACAAAUAUCAGUAGUGCUACUCGGAUCAAAAUAAAUUUUAUUUUUCUAUUGAUUUUUUAUACACACUUGAGCAUUAUACUUUGUAACAGAACAUUGUACUAAGGAUUUCACUGUAAACAGUUUGAUUCACAGUUUUUUUAUAUCUUCUAUGUUAAUUUGUUUCACAAUUGUCAACAAAUUACUUUCCCUUCAAUGAUUAUAUGUGUCAGAGCCAAAAUAAAAUAUUUUCAUUUCAUGAUUUAGAAACAUUUUUUCUGUAGUUUUAGUGACUGCAAGAUCCACAAUUUUGCCAACUUUUUAAAUUGUUAAUUUUUUAUUGGAAAUUAAAAUAUUUUUCUAUGUGUAUAAGUUGUUCAUGCUAUUCUUUAAUGGGAAAUAACUUCUAAAAGGGAGAUAAUUUUAAAAAUGUUCAAUUCAAGACAGCCAUAUCAUUAUAAUUAUUUAGAAACCACAUGUUGUUGAUUGUUUGAAUUGAAUGAAUUCUAGUUUUGCUUCACAAGGUUGAGACACUUUUCAUGGAAUUUUAUACAUUUCAUAAUAAGAAUUACGAUAGGUAUUUUUAAUGUUGGUACUAUAAAUGCUGUUAUAAUGUAUUUUUUUAGAAGAUUAUAGUUUAUAUUGAUAUAGUAUUUUUUAAGGGUACUGUUUUUUUUCCUUUUGUUAUCUUUUCCUUACAUACAAAUUUUGGUAAUAUUGUUAUGUAUUUUGAAUUUGGUUUGCUUUUGCUUACAACAUUUAGUAUUUUAUGAAUUAUAUUGGGCCCUCAUUAAAUAUUUAAAUGUAUGGCUCUGCUGUUAUAUCUUUGACGUGUUUGCUUUAUGGAAUACUGUGGAUUCAUUUAUUUUCGUGGGUACAAAUUUUCAUGGAUUAAGAAAAACUUGCAUAUUCGUGGAUAUUUAAUUUCGUGGUUUUGCUGAAGUCUGCAUACAAACCUAUUGAAAAAAUUAUCAUUCGUUGAAUAUUUAAUUUCGUGGUUUGACUGUGCCCACAAAAUCCACGAAAAUUGGUAUCCAACGAAUAAUAAUGAAUCCACAGUAAGACAUACCCUAUAAGUUAUUAAUAUUUAUACUACUUAUUUACCUUUUAACUUUCCAAUAUUUAUAGUACUUACUUGGCAUUGGAUCUUUUAUGAUGUACUUAUAUAUAGAUAUACUACAGCUUAGGUGGGUGUCUCAUUCCAGACCCAAUAUCAAUAUUAAGGGACAUUCAGGGAACAUUAUCUACCUGUGCUGAAGUGAUAUUGCUAACAUGUUCUAUAAAAAAAAAUAGAAACUGGUUGUGACUUUGAUUAGAUGAUCUGCUAAAAGUGUUUUCAUUGUGUUCCCCAUGUUUUUCACUGUGUUCUGUAUUUAUUUCACUGUGUUUUACCUUUCUUCACUGUGUUCUUGGUAAUUUAAGGUGGUACCCAACACUUUACUAAAAUUAAUUUGGCUUGUUUAAUUUUCAUAAAAUUUUGUCAAAGUAAAUAAACAAAAAUAUAAAAAUUUUGAAAAUUUUGAACCAACCGUUUUGUCAGAAAAAUUACACUGGUUAUAUAGCACUUUGACAAAAACCAAUUUUGAUCAUUGAGAAGCUAAAUAUUCCUUUUACAACACCAUUUAGCUGACUUUACAGAGUUAUCUCCCUGUAGUGUUAGGUACCAUCUUAAACAUAAAUAUUAUGAUACACAUAUAAAGUUGUAAAGCAUACUUUUAUAACUCUUUGACAGAUCAAAAUAUUUAUUGGUCAAAACAUAUUGUUGACAUUAUCUUAUUUGCAUGUAUCAUCCAUCACAAUAAAAUAUGGCUAAAACUGAUUAUAAGCUUACUGUAUUUGGCAUUAUCAACAAUAUGUUAUCUGCCCUUGGAAAAUAUGAAAGUAUAGGUUAUCUGUCCUUGGAAUAUAACAGGGUAAAAUUUGUCUGUUUGUUUUGAUUUAAUAAUUUGUUUAAGAAGUUUCACCUGGAACAUUUGAAAAAAAUCUUGCUUUGUAUGGAUCCAUUAGGGGAAAAAAUAGCUUCCCCAACAAAUAAAAAUAGGAUUCCACUGUAUAAUUAUUGAUAAACAUAUGAAUGAAAGGUUGCUAGGUUUGUGAUUCUCAACUCUCUUGGUGUCUGUAUAAAAUGUCUCAAAUGAUUGAAUACUGUAAAUGUAGAAUGUUUUGUGUGUUUUUAUUAUUGCGAAUUUUGAGAAACUGACCAAAAUGUGAGAUGUAUUAUUGCAAUGUAAGGAGUGGUGCAUACAAAAAAUGCUCACUUAAGAUACUAUUUUUGAUAUUUGAAAAACCUAUUUAAAAAUAUUCUGUUGCAAUUUUUUGCAAUAAUGAAAACAUUGUAAAAAAAUCCUGAAUUUACAGAAAGUGAAUGCAUAAGCUUUUACCUUUGUGAUAUCACUUCAGUUGUAUUUUUUGCUACUAGUUUAUUUAUAUUUUUGUAUACUUUUUAAGGAAUUUUAAGAAAUGUUUGUUAGAUUUAAUUAUAAAUUUCCAUUUUCUAUGAGAACAAAAAUUAUCAAUAUCUCUAUAGGGGGAAAAUGUGAGCUACCUUGGAAAGGAGGUACUAUUUUAUCUAGCCUGCGACAAAAGUCUUGUACUAGAGACUUCAAAAUGAUUCUGUUAGUGCUCAGCAUUUGUCACAUGGACAUUUGUUAAAAAAUAAUAAAUGAGUUAUCAAUAUAUUUUAUUAAAUUUAUUUUGAAUUGUUAAAGAUUAAUAUUAUAUGAUGGAAACAUUUAUAUCAGACUGUUAUUCCCUAUAUACAAGGUGUUUAAAAAUACCAUUGAAACCUCAUUAUCAGGUUACUAUUUGAUCAGGGCAUUUUAUUGUUAAUUUUUACCUCUCUUAAGAUGGGGUGAUUUUUUUUAAUUGGAAAUGGCUCAGUCUGUUUUAACUGGACAGUCACAAAACUUUCAUUUAUUGCAAAUUUAAUUAGUCUAGAAUUCAAUUUGUGUUCAAAAUUAACUUUUUCUUGUUCAAUACAAUGUAUUAAUAAAAAAAAAUUCUUUCAAAUGAUGAAAUUAUUUUCAUAGCAUUAUUAAUUAGAUUAAGUAUUAUAUAAAGCUUUUAAAUUUUAAUAUAAAUUGUUAGGAUAUCAACAAAUAUAGCUUGCUUCAUCUUAACUAUAGAAUAAAUGUUACAUUAUUUCUUUUAUAUUUCCAUUUUAUUCUUAGAAGACAUGAAAUGGCUAGCCAUCUUGUUUCUUUAGACAUGUUAUUUUAUUAUAUUGCUCUCAUACAUUUUAGAUCAAGAACUGGUUCCUUUGUAUUUUGUAUAAGGAAAAAGAAAACCAGUCAAAUUGCUUCAUUUAUUUAUGUGAUUACUUAUAUUUCUUAUAAUAUGCAUCUUUUUUUUGGCAUAAUUUUCUUUGUUUCUGUCUAUUUUGAUUACAAUAAAAAACAGAAAUUUA